AUGGUUCUGCACCGCCAACAAGCCCAGUUCGACCGGGCCAGAUGGCGCAUGGCUUUGCUUGUUCCCCUUUGGAUCCUACAGCUGCUUGUCCUCCUCGUCGACAUCGGCCUGUUUUCGUGGCGCCUGUCCGACACCCUGAAGAACUGGGAGACGGAAGAGCAAACAAAGGGCAUGUUCCCACUUGUCGAGGUCGUAUGGGAAUCCGUCAACAUCGCCUUCUCCCUCAUUUGCCUCAUCUCCACCGUGUACGAAGUAUCCAAGCUCGCCGCCGAGACCUUGACACCAUGGACCAUGCUAUUUACCCACGUCCUGAAGAUCGUCUGCUCCCUGGCGACUCUGGCCCUGGAUAUUGUCGUCUUUUUGCAAAGGAAGGACAGUCACUACUCGAUGGUUGGACUCGGCUUGGACUGCUUCCUCCUCGCUCUCAUCAUCAUCCCCGGUAUCUACUCCAUCCAAACCUACCGCCGGCUCACCAAGUUCGAUGACUACCACUACCCUGUCAACCACAAGCCCUACGGCUUCAACGACCUCGAAGGCGAGGCAGCCUACAACGGCCGCCUCUCCAUCGGCGGCCUCAGCCUCGGUGACCGCUCCCUCCGCCGUAUCUCCACGUCGUCCAUCAAGAGCAUGGCCGGCCCCCAGGCCCAGGAACAAAUGCAGCAAGCAGCGCAGCAACAACGGCCCGAUCCGAGCCCCAUUCAGCGCACGCCUUUGCAGUACAACAACGAGCGUGACACACAAUUCGACAGAUACUUGGUCGAGCGUGCCAUGACCAGAGAGUUUGGAUGGGUCACCAGCCCCGGCAGCGACAACCUCAGCCGCAGCGACAGCUAUGUCGGCAGCGGAUACGUAACGAACGGCAAGGUCGUCACGCGAGAGAGCGUUGACCGCGUGCCUAGCUGGGGCAGCUCCCAUGUACUGGUCGCGGUGCCUGAGAUGGACGAGGACGACGUGCAUGACCGCGGCGACAGGGAAGCGCUGCUGGGGCAUACGAAAAGGGGCAGCCAGGACAGUAUUGGGCCGAGCAGUCCGCCACUGGCCUCGUCGUCAAGGAUGACCCCGCCGCGGAUCGAGAUCGAGGAGUCGGACAUCGUCGGGGACGUGGAAAAGGCGUGGGAGCGAAAGCGCGAGAGGAGCCGGUGA